CACCGGCCAUGUGCUCCAGAGAGGAUAUUGAAUUGGUCCUAGUUGGAUGAUUAAUACUAGACUCGCUGAAUAAGUGACGCAGAUUCAUUUCUUCCUCCAAAAAGGCUUGUGCUAUGAAACCGGAUGGGGAGACGGAGGAGGGAGUCACUACCUCUAAAACCACUCCGUGUGAGGAACAUGACGGUCCGACCAAAGCUCCGAGCCCAGAGCAGCAGCAGCAGCGGAGACCAGACUUUCCCGAACCUGAUCCCACCUGUGUGUCCAUCAAAAGUAACAAAUCCAUGGAAGGACAACUCCCAGAGACAGAUGUUCCUCUGAGACCAGACUCUCCCGUACCGGGCUGUCUGUCCAUCAAGAGCGACUGGUCCAUGAGGCUUCCUGUUAGCUUCAAAGAUGGACUGGACUCUGCUGAAGACAGUGUUCACCAAGUUCCCGGUGGCCAGUCCGUUGAGCAUCAUCCAAUAGAUUUGGACUCCAUAUACAUGCUUCUUGAGGAAAACAUUGUCACCUUUUUGAAGAGCGAGCUCAAAAAGUUCAGAAAGAUUCAGACCCUUGAUUACCCAGAAUGCCUAAAGAGGCUGAGCGAGGACGAGGAGGUGUUGGAUGGUGAGGAGGAAGAGAAGAGGAGGAGCAGCAGAGAGGCGCUUCUGGAGAUCGUGCUGCACUUCCUGAGGGAAAUGAAGCGGGAGGAGCUGGCUGACUCUCUGCAGAGCAGAUCUGUCGCAGCAGAUUGUCAACGUCAACUCAAAUCCAACCUGCAGAACAAGUUUCAGUGUGUGUUUGAGGGGAUUGCCAAAACAGGAAAUCCAGCUCUUCUCAAUCAGGUGUACACAGAGCUCUACAUCACGGAGGGAGGGACCGCAGGGGUCAACGACGAACAUGAGGUCAGACAGAUUGAAACAGCGUUCAGGAAACCAGACGGACCAGAAAGAACAAUCAGGUGCGAAGACAUCUUUAAACCCUCACCUGGAAGACACCACCAGGUCAGAACAGUGAUGACGAAGGGAGUGGCUGGAAUCGGGAAAACAGUCUUAACGCAGAAGUUCACUCUGGACUGGGCUGAAGACAAAGCCAACCGGGACAUACAGCUCACAUUUCCAUUCACCUUCAGAGAGCUGAAUGUGCUGAAAGAGAAAAAGUACAGCUUGGUGGAGCUUGUCCAUCACUUCUUUAGUCCAAUCAAAGAAGCAGGAGUCUGCGAGUUAGAAAAGUUCCAGGUCGUGUUCAUCCUCGACGGUCUGGACAAGUGUCGACAUCCUCUAGACUUCCACAACAAUGAGAUCCUGACUGAUGUUACAGAGUCCGCCUCAGUGGAUGUGCUGCUGACGAACCUCAUCAGGGGGAAACUGCUUCCCUCCGCUCGCGUCUGGAUAACCACACGACCCGCCGCAGCCGAUAAGAUCCCUUCCGAGUGGGUUGACAUUGUGACAGAGAUCAGAGGGUUCACUGACCCACAGAAGAAAGAGUACUUCGGGAAGAGAUUCAGAGAUGAAGAGCAGGCCAGCAAAAUCAUGUCCCACAUCAGGACAACACGAAGCCUCCACAUCAUGUGCCACAUCCCGAUCUUCUGCUGGAUCACUGCUACAGUUCUGGAGGAUGUGAUGAAGACCAGAGAGGGAGAAGAGCUGCCCAAGACACUGACAGAGAUGUACACCCACCUCCUGGUGGUUCAGACCAAACAGAAGAACAUCAAGUAUGAUGGAGGAGCUGAGACAGAUCCACCAUGGAGUCCAGAAAACAGGGAGAUGAUUGUGUCACUGGGAAAACUGGCUUUUGAUCAGCUGCAGAAAGGCAACCUGAUCUUCUAUGAAUCCGACUUGACAGAGUGUGGCAUCGAUGUCAGAGCGGCCUCAGUGUACUCAGGAGUGUUCACACAGAUCUUCAGAGAGGAGAGUGGACUGUACCAGGACAAGGUGUUCUGCUUCGUCCAUCUGAGUGUUCAGGAGUUCCUGGCGGCUCUUCAUGUCCAUCUGACCUUCAUCAACUCUGGUGUCAAUCUGCUGUCAGAAGAACGAUCAAAGUCCUGGUGGUGGUGGUUGUUUCUAUAUAUAAUCAAACCUGACCCAAAACAUCUCUACCAGAGUGCUGUGGACAUGACCUUACAGAGUCCAAACGGACACCUUGACCUGUUCCUCCGCUUCCUCCUGGGUCUUUCCCUGCAGACCAAUCAGAAUCUCCUACGAGGUCUGAUCACACCGACAGGAAGAAGCUCGCAGACCAAUCGGGAAACCGUCGAGUACAUCAAGAAAAAGAUCAGUGAGGAUCUGUCUCCAGAGAAAAGCAUCAAUCUGUUCCACUGUCUGAAUGAACUGAAUGACCAUUCUCUACUGGAUGAGAUCCAACAGUACCUGAUUUCAGGACGUCUCUCCACAGACAAACUGUCUCCAGCACUGUGGUCAGCUCUGGGCUUCACCCUACUGUCAUCAGAAAAAGAUCUGGAUGUGUUUGACCUGGAGAAAUAUUCUUCUUCAGAGGAAGUUCUUCUGAGGCUGCUUCCAGUGGUCAAAUCCUCCAACAAAGCUCUGCUGAUUGACUGUAAUCUGUCAGAGAGAAGCUGUGAAGCUCUGUCCUCAGUUCUCAGCUCCCAGUCCUCUAGUCUGAGAGAGCUGGACAUGAGUAACAACAACCUCAAGGAUUCAGGAGUGAAGCUGCUUUCUGCUGGACUGGGUAGUCCACGCUGCACAUUGGAAACUCUAAGGCUGUCAGGCUGUCUGAUCACAGGGAAAGGCUUUACCUCUCUGGCCUCAGCUCUGAAAUCCAACCCCUCCCACCUGAGAGAGCUGGACCUGAGCUACAACCAUCCAGGAGACUCAGGAGUGAAGCUGCUGUUUGCUGGACUGGAGGAUCCACACUGGAGACUGGAAACGCUCAGAGUGGAACCUGGUGGAGAGCAGUGGCUGAAACCUGCUGUGGGGAAAUAUUCCUGUGACACAAACACAGUAAACGGAAACCUCAAACUGUCUGACAACAACAGGAAGGUGACGCAUGUGGGAGAGAAGCAGCGGCAUCCUGAUCAUCCAGAGAGGUUUGACUCCUGGUAUCAGUUGAUGUAUACUGUGGUGCUGGAGUUCCUUUCACGCUUUUAGUUUAUGUUACAGCUAGCACAUGCCAGAGCCUCAUGUCCCGUCUGUUUUGUUCGGUCAAAUUUUGCUCCCAGGUCAAGAUCACCUGCAUCUGUACGAACAUUAAAAAUUACAUUUCAAACGGGAUGACAUAAACGGGGACACCAGGAGCUGGUAUAAUUCUCUAAAUCCUAAGGAAAGGUACUUUAAUGCUUCCUUUCUUAUUUCAUCUAGCAUCGGGAACACUAGACCACACUAUGAAAAUGCUAUUAAAAUAUGUAAACUAACAUACUAAUAAUAUUCCAACUGAAACAUUAGAGGGUUAAUGUAGCGGGUAUUAAUCACUACGUUAAAAUAAAAAUAUUGCUUACGUAAAAAUUGCGGGGCACCACUUCUGAAUAGAAGAAACAAAUAAAAAUAUGAUCAAUAAUUUGGUAACAAAUUAUCCAGUCUCAAUAUCUCAGGCGUAAGUCCUGAUUUCAGUGACCUUAUAGUUCACCUUUUGAAUUAAUAUGACAGACAACGGCUUGGCGAUACAUGGGUCAUUUAUUUCUAAAGGGAUUAAAUGAAUGGAUGACAAGAUUAAUAAUUAAACAAGGAUACAAAUCAGGAAUUAAUUGAUUUCAAAUAAACAGGCAAUGUCAUAUCAGACUGGCUGUUGUUUACACAUACAAACGAAAGGCAUGCUUGAGUUCAUCCCUUCCUAUUGGCUUUUCCAGAUGUUCAGUUAUCAGCUAGAAAAGAGAGGGGGAGGUGAAGAAGAAGGUUAUUCAUUGGUUCGUAUUUCCCAGGCUGACUUGAGAUCUUCCUCUCAGCCUGUGGAGUGUCAGAAUUGACGCCUUUACGGCUGAAGAGAGGGGGAGAAGAACGCUUCGGGGAACAAAUGGAGGAGCCUCCAUUUGUUAGUUAUGCCAGGCUCGUCCAGCCUCGCUACAUUAAGGUUGUGUGUUUAUACUUGAAUUGCUUUCCUUUGUUACUUGUUAAGUAUAGUCUCACUUUUUAAUAUAUUAAAGGAUGCCUACAGACUGGAAUCAGCACCAGACAGGCAGGUUUGAUUGCAGAGCUGAGGAGUGUGAGCUCUUCAUUCAGGUUUUAGGAGCUUUGUCCGAGUCAGGAUGCUUUUUCUGUAUUCCUACAGUGGGAAAAAAAUACCAGGAGAUUUUGGCUACAGGGGUCCUCCCUCAAGAAUAUUUAACGUUUUGUUUUUUUACCUAAAACUAUGCAUUUGUACAUCAUGUUGGAGCAAUAUGAUAACCCCCAAAAAGCUUGAAGAAAAAACUUACUAUAGAAAUGCGAAGUCCCGCCCGUUCCGUGGGACCACAAUGGGACUGUAUUUCAGAAAUAAAAAUUGUAUGGCAGUCAAUGGCGAGAGACAAAUAAUAUUUUGGUCCGGUUUGAAAUGUGCCAUGACAUGCACAUACGAUGUUUGUUAAGUUCUAAAAGAUAGUUUUGCACGUCAAGAGAAUCACAUUUCGUCUUAAUUGUUGUCGCAAUGUGUCAUAUUGAAUUAUAAUACUGUGAAAAUACGUAGUUAGAGUAUGUCAGAGUCUCCUCUGACACACUUAAUUACCUCUAAAACCUAAAACACAUUUACUGAACAUCCUUAUCCUGGGUUUAUGUUCUGGUUUAUUUGGUCAAUGUCUCUGUGUCUCCUUUCGUGAUUUCAGUUGUGGUUUUAUAUACUUUCAGUCUGCAGUUUUUCAAGGGAUGUGACAUUAAAUAAAUUUGCCAUAAAGCAGCUUCCACUAAGUGAGUCUUAGCUUAACGUACAAAGGUCAACCAAGUUCCAGUGGUUUGUCGGAAGAAGGCCAGCUUCACAUUCUAGUAAGGAUGAGAAGUUACAUAAGUUGAACCCUGGAUCUCUAUAUGACUGUAAGAGCCAGAGAGUGUUUGCUGCUGAAUAACUUAUUACUUUAAAAGUUUUGUUUUUUAGAUUCUUUGCUGUGAAUUGACUUAAGGAAUCAGAAUAUUUGAGCAGUAUACAGUUACAAGAGGGAUUUAAAUCAAAUCCUUCGCAAAGUCUCAUUUCAUUAGAUUUAUUUUUUGUUUACACCUGAGUGAAAGUGAGUCAAACAUUUCAAACCAUCUUACAGAAGAGAAAAGACAGGGAGUUACAUGUACAAAUAUUUUUAUACUGAUUUUUUUACAUUUAUUUUGCUUAUAAAUGUAUUUACAAAGUUUUUAUUUCACUUGAAACAAUGACAUGAUACAUGUCUAUCUGAUGGUUCUAUUGUAUGAUAUGAGAUAUGUGCCUGUUUUUCUGGGAAGACUAUCUGACCAAUGUAUUUCAAUAAAAAUGUUUUUAA